GCGGGAUCCGCAUCGGCGAGCGGCGCCUCCCCGGUGUCGGCCGCGGCGCCUCCGGACUGUGCCGGGCUGGGGCGAGACUGCUCUGGCCGAGUCUGCGGCGGCUGCCACCCCUCCGGACGCUCCGAAGUCCGCCGCGCGGUUCGCGUUCCGGCUGCCCGUAUGGACGCGGCGCUGAAGCGGAGCCGCUCGGAGGAGCCCGCAGAGCUCCCGCCGUCGGCCCGGGACUUGGAGGAGGAGGAGGAAGAGGGGAUGGAACAGGGGCUGGAGGAGGAAGAAGAGGUGGACCCCCGGAUCCAGGGAGAACUGGAGAAGUUAAAUCAAUCCACGGAUGACAUCAACAGACGGGAGACUGAACUUGAGGUACUGGAGGCUGGGUCCCUGUUUGGUGAGGUGGUGUCAGUCCUGCUGACACCAGGCUGCUUGAUCUUGUUUUAAUAGCUGGAGGAUGAUUGCUGGCGUCCCCUCCAUGGAGUUGAGC